AUGAGGAAUAGCAUUGGGGGCAAUGGCUUCGAUCAGCAUGACUCGAGCUCGAACGAGGAUCAUCACACUCACAUCCUGCGAAAAGUGGGCAAUGGCUUCGAUCAGCAUGGCUCGAGCUCGAACGAAGAUCAACACACUCACAAACUGCGAACAGUGGGCAAUGGCAUGGAUCAGCAUGGCUCGAGCUCGAACGAGGAUCUUCACACUCACAAGCUGCGAACAGGGGGCAAUGGCAUGGAUCAGCAUGGCUCGAGCUCAAACGAUCAUCAUACUCACAAGCUGCGAACAGUGGGCAAUGGCAUGGAUCAGCAUGGCUCGAGCUCGAACGAGGAUCAUCACACUCACGUCCUGCGAACAGGGGGCAAUGGCAUCGAUCAGCAUGACUCGAGCUCGAACGAGGAUCAUCACACUCACAUACUGCGAACAGGAGGCAAUGGCUUCGAUCAGCAUGGCUCGAGCUCGAACGAGGAUCAGCACACUCACAUACUGCGAACAGGAGGCAAUGGCUUCGAUCAGCACGGCUCGAGCUUGAACGAGGAUAAACACACUCACAUCCUGCGGACAUUGGGAAAUGGCUUCGAUCAGCAUGGCCCGAGCUCGAACGAGGAUCGGCACACUCACUCUCUGCGAACCGUGAGCAAUGGUUUCGAUCAGCAUGGCUCGAUCUCGAACAAGGAUCAACACACUCACAAGCUGGGAACAGGGGGCAAUGGCUUAGAUCAGCAUGGCUCGAUCUCGAACGAGGAUCAACACACUCACAAGCUGGGGAACAGGGGGCAAUGGCAUCGAUCAGCAUGGCUCGAGCUUGAACGAGGUCAUGACUCGAGCUCGAAUGAGGAUCAUGACACUCACAACCUGCGAACAGUGGGUGGGCAAUGGCUACGGCUGCAAACAGUGGGAAAUGGCUUCAAUCAGCAUGGCUCGAUCUCCAACGAGGAUAAAGACACUCACCCACUGCGAACAGUGGGAAAUGGCAUCGAUCAGCAUGGCUCGAGCUCGAACGAGGAUCAACACACUCACAUCCUGCGAACAGUGGACAAUGGCAUCGAUCAGCAUGGCUCGAGCUCGAAUGAAGAUCUGCACACCCACUCUCUGCGAACAGCGGGCAAUGGCGUCAAUCAGUAUGGCUCGAGCUCGAACAAAGAUCAGCACACUCACAGCCUACGAACAGUGGGCAAUGGCCUCGAUCAGUAUGACUCGAGCUCGAACGAGGAUCAUGACACUCACAUCCUGCGAACAGUGGGAAAUGGCUUUGAUCAGCAUGGCUCAAGCUCGAACGAGGAUCAUCAUCACACUCACAAGCUAGGAACAGGGGGCAAUGGCUACGAUCAGCAUGGCUCGAGCUUGAACGAAGAUCAUCACACUCACAUACUGCGAACAGGGGGCAAUGGCUUCGAUCAGCAUGGCUCGAUCUCGAACGAGGAUCAGCAUACUCACAUCCUGCGAACAUUGGGCAAUGGCUUCGAUCAGCAUGGCUCGAGCUCGAACCAGGAUCAUCGCACUCACUCUCUGCGAACAGUGGGCAAUGGUUUCGAUCAGCUUGGUUCGAGCUCGAACGAGGAUCAUCGCACUCACAUCCUGCGAACAGUGGGAAAUAGCUUCGAUCAGCAUGGCUCGAGCUCGAACGAGGAUCAUCCUACUCACAUCCUGCGAACAGUGGGAAAUAGCUUCGAUUAG